AAAAGAAAGUUGUUAAUCCGUUCCUUCCCAUUUAAUAGAAUAAUUGGUUUAUUACGAUCUCGAUACGUGUAUACACAAAGUCUUAUCUUCAUUCUUUAUUAUUUCGUGUAUGAUAAAUAAUAACAUUGUAAAUUGUUAUAAAAUAAAAUUAUAGUAAUCUGUAGAAAUUUAUUAUAAUCUUUAUCUAGAAUAUAGUGAGUGUUCUGUGAGAGUGAAAAAAAAAUGAACCGUAAAAAGUGUGUGCAGUUAUCUGUAAGUGGAGUUGAAUAUACAGUAACUCCUGAAGAUGUGGGACCAGAAACUACUCUCAACCAAUAUCUCAGAGAAAAACUGCACCUUACGGGAACCAAAAGAAUGUGUUUGGAAGGAGGUUGUGGAACAUGUACCGUAGCAGUUGAGGAGACCGUUAAUGGAAAAAAGAAGAUAUUUUCAGUAAACUCUUGUCUGGUUUCUAUAUUCUCCUGCCACGGUUGGACAAUCCACACAAUCGAAGGAAUCGGUAACCCUUUAAUUGGCUACAAUCCAAUCCAGAAAACUUUGGCUGAACAUUAUGGUACUCAGUGUGGAUUUUGUUCACCAGGAAUGGUAAUGAAUAUGUUUGCUCUUCAGUCGUCAGGGCAAGAUACCAAGGAGGAGAUUGAGAAUUCAUUUGGAGGCAAUCUCUGUAGAUGUACUGGUUACAGACCUAUAUUAGAAGCCUUUAAGUCAAUUGCUAAAGCUAAAGAAGAAAUUCCUGACAUCGAAGAGCUCAAACUGUGUAAAAACGAUCCCAAUAAAAUUUGCACGAAUGACUGUAAACCCAAGGACAACUUUUAUCUUGAGUUGACUGAUUCUAGAUGGGUUAAAGUACAUACAUUAAGAGAUUUACUGGAAGUUAUUAAAAUUUCGCCUACAAACAACUAUAUGUUGGUUUCUGGAAACACUGCAAGAGGUGUUUAUAGAGAGACUCAACUUCCUAGUCAAUAUAUAGAUAUCCGAGAAGUCGCCGAACUUACUCAAUAUUAUGUGAAUGCAAGCGUGCUUAAACUUGGAGCCAACAUAGUUUUAACCGACUUCAUGAGCAUCUGCACCAAAGUUUCAACAAAUCCUGGAUUCGAAUAUUUGAAAGCUAUUGUCGAACAUGUAGAUCUGGUGGCUUCUGUCCAAAUAAGAAAUUUAGGAAGUCUAGCUGGAAAUCUGAUGAUAAAAUAUCGCCAUAAUGAAUUCCCUUCUGAUAUUUUUCUAAUACUUGAGACAUUUAAUGCAUCUAUUCGUUUAGUUGACGUCGACGGUAACGAGUCUUUUUGCACUCCUCAAGAGUUCCUUCGAGUUGAUAUGACUAGGAGAGUUAUUAAGAAUAUUAUAUUAAGUACUUUGGACACCAGCUACAAGUACGCAACAUACAAGAUAAUGCCAAGGGCACAAAACGCACAUGCCAUGGUCAACGCAGGAUUCCUGGUAAAACUAAAGAACAACGUCGUUACCUAUGCCAAUAUCGUUUAUGGUGGAAUCAAUCCCCAAUUCGUACAUGCCUCCAAGACAGAAAAAUUCCUAAUUCGACAAAAUUUGUAUAACAAUGAUACUUUACAAAAAGCUUUCAAUUCACUGAAGCAGGAAAUAAAUCCGGAUUAUGUACUUCCGGAUCCCACUCCUGAUUUUAGAAAAAAUUUAGCUAUUUCUCUGUUUUAUAAAUUUGUUUUAAAAACUAGUCCACCCAAUCUAGUCGGAGCAAGAUAUAAAAGUGGUGGUACCAUCCUAACAAGACCACUUUCCACAGGAACACAACAAUAUGGUACAGAUAACAAAGAAUGGCCUUUAACUCAACCUAUUCCAAAGGUAGAAUCGUUAGCACAAACAUCUGGUCAGCUUAAGUAUAUAAUGGAUAUGCCGGACAUACCACAUGAAUGCAUUGCAAGCUUUGUAACAGCUAAAUGUGUGGCAGGUUCUAAGAUAAUAAAUAUAGACACCUCACAGGCGCUGAAAGUUGAAGGAGUUGUUGCCUUCAUCGACAAAGGAGACAUACCUGGUCGUAAUACCUGGACACCAAUCGAUCCUUCCAUGGGUUGGUCAGUAGAAGAAGAAUUAUUCUGUAGCGGCACAGUUCAAUAUUAUAACCAACCUGUAGGUCUCAUUAUAGCCAAAACAACACACGCUGCCCUAACCGCCGCUAAUUUGGUCCAGAUUAAAUAUACCCCUCCCCUAAACAAGUAUUAUUUGGAUGUUAGAGAAGUUGUUGCAGAUAAUGUGACCAGUAGGAUAACUCAUGUGGAUACAGUCUUGCCACGUAGUAAAGGAAAGGAUGUUAAGCACACGAUCAAAGGAGAAUUUUUCUUGGACAGACAAUACCAUUUCCACAUGGAAGUACAUAGCUGCAAAGUUGUACCGUUAGAUGAUGGGGGUAUAGAUAUAUUUUCCUCCACCCAGUGGAUGGACGCCAAUCAAAUCGGAGCUUCCACAGUUUUAAAUAUGCCCACCAACAAAAUUAACGUCAAAGUGACACGUCUUGGUGGUGGUUUUGGUGGCAAACUCUUAAGAAAUAGCAUGAUAUCAGCCGCAGCAGCUGUAGCAGCAGUUAAACUUCAAGUACCUAUAAAAUUAGUACUCACUUUUGAACAAAAUAUGGAUAUUAUAGGCAAGAGAUUCCCUUCCUAUAUGAAAUAUAAUGUUGGUGUAAACGAUAAUGGAGUUAUCCAGUAUUUAGAAGCAGAUGCCUACUGUGAUUUAGGUGUAGGUGGAAACGAACCAUUUUACCAGUUGUUUACGACUAGUUUUGAAAAUAUUUAUAAUAUGGAUUCCUGGGAGUUCUCAACUUAUAAUGUAAAGACGGACAAUGCUGCAAACUGUUACACUAGAGCCCCUGGUACAGUAGAAGCAACAGCAGAAAUUGAAAAUAUCAUGGAACAUAUUGCUUUUACUCUAAAUAUAAGCUCCGAUGCUGUGAAGCAGGCAAACACCAGCACAACCUCAUCUCCUAAAAUGCCAGGCUACUGGACUGAUCUUAAUUCUUGGGCUAAUAUUGAUCAAAGAAAGGCAGAUAUAGAAAAGUUUAAUGCUGCCAACCGCUGGACUAAAAGGGGACUAUCCACAGUUCCGAUGCGAUGGGUUUUAGAUGUGAAUCUGAGUUUUUCAAUUCUUGUUUCUAUUUUCCAUCGAGAUGGAGGUGUUGCUGUUUCACAUGGAGGUGUAGAAAUGGGUCAAGGUAUAAAUACAAAGGUUAUCCAAGUUGUUGCAUACAAAUUUGGAAUCGAUAUGGAUAAAAUCUCCAUAAAACCAUGUUACAGUUUCGUAACUCCAAACAAUGCCUGUACAGGAGGAAGUCUAACCAGUGAAGCUAUAUGUUAUGCUGUUAUCGUCGCUUGUGAUAAGCUCUUAGCCAAAAUGAAGCCUGUCAGAGAUAAAAUGAACAAUCCCUCUUGGGUGGAUUUGAUUAACGCCUGUUAUGCUGCUUCAGUGCAACUAUGUGACACUGGAUUUUAUUAUGGUCAAGCACCGAAUAUUGAACCCUAUCCAAUAUUUGGAAUUUGUGCUACAGAGGUCGAGGUCGAUAUAUUGACAGGACAGCAUCAAAUCUUGCAAGUGGAUAUUAUUGAAGAUUUAGGUCAGAGCAUGAGUCCACUGAUCGACAUAGGACAAAUCGAGGGAGCUUUUGUCAUGGGAAUUGGAUAUUAUACGACGGAAGAGCUUAUCUAUGGAAAGGACGGUAAAUUGUACACAAACAGAACUUGGACAUAUAAGCCCCCAGGAGCCAAAGAUAUUCCAAUUAACUUUAGAGUCAAAUUCACCGAAAACAGUUUAAAUCCCGUUGGAGUGCUUAAGUCAAAAGCUGUUGCAGAACCACCGAUAUGCUUGUCUGUGUCCUUAGCUUUUGCCAUACGAAAUGCACUGUAUUCUGCUAGGAAAGAGGCGGAUCCAAAUCACAUUGAAUUUUUAACCAUGAAUGGACCUACCACUGUAGAAAAAACCUUUUUAUAUUCCAAGAAUAACUAUCAACAAUACGUUUUACAGUGAUGCAACUUUUAAUUAAUUUAAGGUGUAAGAUAAUAAAUUAAUUCCUAAUAAUAUUAACAUGUGAAUGGUUUUUUUUUACAAAAUAUACUUUUUAAGAUUUU